UGGCCCCACCCCCUUCUCCCCCAAAGAAUCUAAUAUUUUCUAAUUAUUGAUGUUUCCCUUUCUUAUUCUUCUUCUCUUCCUAUAUAUAAAUCCUCCACUUUAUAUAAUUUUCCAUUAAUCUCUUGUUAUUGUUAUAGAAAGCAACUUCCGAGCCUCUCCUUCCUUAUAAUCUUUCAUGGAGGAUUCAGCUUCUCUCCACUCGAUGAAAGGUCGACCAUCUCUGUCCUCUCGAGGGACAACCUUAACAGACCACCACGGCCGCCAUGAGGAGGAGGAGGAGAGCGGUUGGACCAUUUAUCUCGAGGAUUUCUCCAAGCACCAAUCUUCAUCGGAUUUGGAACAUCAUAUUAGCUCCAGCUUCAGUAUUCUUGGCACCUCAUCUUUGAUCUCUGACGCAGCCUCUCGGUACCAUGACAGGGCGAACUCAGGCCCUGGGGGCUCUCAUCCCUACUGCUUUGGUCUUUCGGCUGGCCCUAAGAAGCUGAGCUUGGUCAAGAAAAUGAGGGCCAAGAAGAUCAGUGAGGAAGACCCGUUGGAGGACACUGCCAGUUCCCCGGUGAGCAGUCCCAAGGUAGAUGAUUACAAAAGGAUGGAUAUGACUACCAUAAAGGCAGAUGAUAACUUUGGGCCGAAUUUCUUUGCAAAUGGAGGCAGCUCUAAUCAACACCAAGGCUUAAAAAUGGAAACUGCAGAUGGAAGAAAAAGAGACGAUCAGAUGGUUUUGAAUAAAGGGCAGAACAUUAGUGAUCCAUGCACAAGCUUGAAGAACAGGGGGCUGCGCUUGGUCCCUUUGUCCUUGAUUGCAAAUUAUCCCGGUUGAUCAAUUCCAAGAACACCAACCCUAUCCUCUAUCUCUUCCUCCCCUAAACCCCUCCCUUCUUCUUUUUUUUUGGGUUUAAUUUGUGCUUUCUCUUCCCUUGAGUUAAUAUUGUUUGGACUUGAGGAACUUAAUGGCAACAGCCUCAUGUGUAAAGGUCAAGCUUGUGAAUAUGUGGUGGGAUUUCAAUUGUAAAUGAAAGCUUUAUAAAUCCAGUCCCUUUAAUAACUUCAAUC